AUGUCAAAACCACCCCGAUCCAGUACUUCGAAGAAGGUGCAACAUCAGUCGAACGGGAUAACUGCUGAACAUAUAAAUGGAAGAGUUCACUUGCCUCUCCUUCUCCCUAAACCGCCUCCUGUCCUUGUCGAAAAUUCUGCUGUUGCUGCUGCUCCUUCAAUCGUGACAGAGCAGGCAAAUGAGAUUAAACCGCGUCGACGAGUUGUGCGAGGGAGGCGGAGAAAUACGAAAAACUGUAAAACCGACAAGUCUGCCACUGUUGAAAAUGGCAUCGGGUCUCUGCCUGUCACUACUGAAGGCGCUACUGUGAACGGCGAGAACAGCUCUUCCUCCCGUGUUACAGAAUCCGCAACUCAGAUGAGUGGUGCCGAAUGUCAGGCUAAUUAUGAGGAGUUUGUACGUACCUUCGCUGUUCCAACUCAUCUUUAUCGCUAUCUGGCUACUCGGCAUCGAAUCAGACCUACCCACUUAACCAGAAAUCUGAGAUACAUGCACCCUACAGGACAGCACUGUGGUAGACGAAGAGAGACUCUUGCAGAAGUGGUUACUCGGCUUCUAUCGACAGAGGCGAUGCAAUCAGCUGGCUUGUCGCGACCGAAGCGUUCAAUUAAGUCGGGCUCUAGUGGUUCUCCUGUUGGCAGCAAUGCUCUUCCCGCGGAGCAUCAGUGGCCUGAUGAGAUCGAAAUUAUCAUGGAGGGGUUCUUCGAUAGUGAAAAGGAGAAUGAUUGGGUUACUGUGGAGUCCUCAGUUAAUCUCUUCUCUCGUGUCGCCUGGGCUUGGCGUCGCAACUUCUGUCCUCUGGACUCCCUUGUUCUCGUCUCACGCGAUGUUGCCUGCAACUGCAAUGGUGAGGCUCCGUCUGCCUCUGCUACUCGUCCCCCUCUUGUCCCUUCCGCUCGUUUCCGCAUUGUUGACGUGCUGCGCACUGCUGCAGUGCUGGAUAACGCUCCUCCUACAGAUGCUCUCAUCUCCACCAUCUGCUCACGCGUCAAUAGCGCUCAACUCGAACUAGAAGUACAUGUGAUCGAACGACGCCGAGCACGACACAUAAAUGGCGCGGAAGCGGGGGAACCAUUGGGGCAAACCGCUUAUCCAGUGGUCUACUCUACCUCCUCGUUGCCUCUUUUCUUCACUCCUGAGCCCGGAUCAACUGCUAGUUCAUUCCUACUCACUCCGGGUAUCUACGAGCUCCGUUUAGGCAUUCAAGCGGCUCCCAUCCCCAUACCAGAAGACUGCAGAGCUCUACCAAUCUCACUACCUUCUAGAUCGGUUAUGGCUCUUGAGGGUGGAACACCCACUGCUGGUAAUGGCGACCACCGAGUGGGAUUUCAGGGUUCUUCCUCAAUCUUUCCAAGGUUCCCUAAGGGCACUGCUUGUGCAGCGCUGGACGAGUACUCCCGAUGGCCACACUUACGGUUCCGUGUGAUUUGGCAUUCUGUUUCCACCUUCGCUCCCUUUCCUGUCUCUAUUCAAAGGCCACAUAUGGUGAAGAGCACUCGAAAUCCUCUGAAACGCUUGCUGUCGGAAUUGGAAGGGGGUCCUCCAUCGAAGGUUACGAAAUUUCAACACCAGGACGAGGUGGAGCCGGUGAAGGCUGAGGAGGAAGAAUCAAACGCCUCGAAUUCCUGCGGCUUCACUUCGACUUCUAUUGAUGUAAUCUAUCUCUUCUUUUAUGGUGGCGAUGAGAAGCGUAUUCUGCAGUGGACGAAAACUCGAGACAUGAUUUGUCCCUGGUGCAAGCUGGAGUGUCGUCGAGGUGACAAAGUAUAUCCCAGCUGUCUAAUGGCACACCUCCGCUGUUGUCACCCUCGUUUCCGUUUCUCCGGAUCCUGGCAACGCGAAACUAGUCAGCUCGUGCUUGAAGUGACCUUGGACGAGAGCUAUGACGGCUCUAAUGACUGUGUCCCGCGUACCUACCGCCCAAGCACAAACAGCGCGCCUGAUAAUGGGGUGGACGUGUGUCUGACUGAGACGUCGGCUUCACGCAAUCCACACCACCUCCCCCUGGUUGGCGGGUGGACGGGUUACUGUGGUGAGGCCGAAAAUAAUCUUCGGGACGCGAGAAAACUUGCCACAUCGCGAUUCCUCCAGCGGCGGCGUCGACAGCCCCUCAAACGUCUACCGUUCAGUCAGCUCAUUUACUGGCGAGGGGUGGAGCGAUUUUCUGGCUCCGGUCAAGAGCUCACUGGAGAGAUAGCUUCAAUGUCAGCCGCUACAGCUGCAGCAAUGGCGGUGGCGGUGGCAGCGGCCGGUCCAUUGGAGGUGGGUCACAAGCGAGUGUACUUUCAUACCACCACUCUGCAGCCUAUCGAACCAACAGCUUUCGAUGACUGCGACUCCGAGGACGAGGACGCGCCACAAUGGCUACGCGAUCAUUACCAGCGCAAAGUAGAGGAGUUCACAGAUGUCAAUAAAGGUGAGAAGGAGUUUAUGCAGAUCUGGAACGCCUUCCUCCUCUCCAUUCGACCCUCUGAGACUGUUGUCAGUGAUAGUCAAAUGGGUCACUUGCUCCUUGCUUUCGUCCGACGCUAUGGCAAUCGUCUGCACUAUCAUCACCUCCGCAACAACUUCAUUCUCCACCUUGCCAAUCUUUACGACUAUGGUCUCUUGGCUCCCAGUCUCAUGCGUAAAGUCACCUGCGCUUUCGAUGAUUUGAAAUCCUCCUCCCGUUAG